AAUUAAUAGUUGGAAAAUUUCGUCCUCUCGACCCUUUCCCUCCGGACAGUGUGAAGAACAGUGUUGUAUUUUCCGUUUUCAGGAACGAAAGCAGUUUCCUUUAAUGGAAAAUGGUAAGCCAAUAACAACCAUGUGCGCAGUGAUAGCUAUGGAUUACACCAAUUUCUGUUACAGAGUGUGUUCUAUCUGUGAGAGAACACUUCCCGUUAACCCAUCUUCUUCUCUUUGCAAAUUCUGCAACUUCAACGCCUUUAAUCCCGGUUCUUCUUCCUCUAAACGCGUCUUCCGUCUUCUUAUGUCAAUUGCAACGGAUAAGGAAGUACAAACUGUAAUAUGCUUUGAUAGGGUUGCUAAGGUUCUGUUUGGUUGCUCUGCUGAUGAGUUUUUUGACUUUGCUAAGCUACAUCCUUUUGCUGCUGAAACUGUAAGUGAAAUUCUGGUGGGAGAGAUGUUUAGGAUCACAAUAUCUAAACCAAAGAAUGGCAAUGCACAACACUCAAGAGUUGUCCAAAUUGUUCCUCUGAGUUCAUGUUUUCAACCAGCGAUUAUUAGACUGAGGGAAUUGUAUGGAGUAAAUUCCAAUUGAUAACUAUGGUUUCAUUUGCUGUUGGUAAUGGACAAAACAAGCAGUGGUUCCAUAAAGUAAAAGAGAUGUGAUGUGGGCACCUCAAAAUAACCUAAUCCCAUCCCAUCCCAAGAUUGUUUGCAUCCUUUUCUUUCAUUUAGAGUGGACAAUAUUUUGUUAUUUGAUGUGAUUUUGUGUGCAGUGGAGAGGAUUAUUGUAACUUCAAAGGAAGAAAGAAGGUAGGUAAACAGUCGCAAACGUAUUUGAAUUAGUUUUAAUUGCGUUUACUUAAAUAUUUUGUAAACUGAUUAUGUCUUCUUAUUUUACCGUCACAUAUUAGGUAUAUCGAUAACAAUAACACAACAAUAAUUGUGAAAUUUUCGUAAUUUUUU